GUCCAAAAUAGGAUGCUCGUAUACUUUUAGGAAAGCUACGUACGACACUCAAGCAGGAAAUCAGGAAAAUAAUGCAAAUAAGGAAAUAAGCUAAAAGUGUUUAGUUGCCAGAAAUAGCAUAUCUGUAUUUGAAAUUUGAAUUGCCUUUUAUAGGCGAUUACAAAUGGUAACUGCCGAACAUAAUGAUGAAUAAAUUAAUUACAACAUUAAUACAGAAUUAAAUACAUAAUUAAUAGUGCAUUGAUUGUUGGCCGUUACUCUUUCUGGUUGGCUGGCAGGUCGGCGUGGCUGGCAGAUAGAACGCUUGAGCUCCUCGUGCGGCAGGCUUCCGCUGGGCUGGAAGGCAGGCCGUUGACCGGGCUGGAAGGCAGGCUCAUGGCUGGGCUGGAAGGCAGGCUCCUGGAUGGGCUGGAAGGCAGGCCGCUGGCCGGGUUGGAAGGCAGGCUCCUGACUGGGCUGGACGACAGACUCUCUUGGGCUUCCGCUCCUUGAUUGGCCUGAUCGGUUGGGCCGACUCGAGCUCGGGUUGCUUGGCUUGGGCCUGCUAGUCCAAGUUUGGGGCCUGGGCCGAUUAGACUCUGGGCCUAGUCCCAUAACCCCAUCACAAGUCCCCCACUACCUUAGUCGAGUAGUAAACUCGGCUAAGAGGUAGUAGUUCAAGUCAGCUGCCAAUUAAAAGAUAUUCACAUACCAGGGAGCAAUAAUUGUGGAUUCUGUCAAACCCAAAAUUCGUGGAGAUUUCCUAAUUUUAAACAAAGCUAUCAGCUUAAAAGGCUUCAAAUUAAUUCCCUCAUCAUCCUAGCAUUCUCGCCAUCAGCUUUCUCCCAGACUUCAAAAUCCACGUCAACUUCCAAAAAUUCCUGAAAUUCAUCAUCAUUAUUUCAUAAUUAUUUACGCACUUUUUUCCUUUUCUUUUCCUUUCUUUCCUUUUCUUUUCUUUCCUUUCCUUUUCUUUCUUUCCUUUCUUUCUUUCCUUUUCUUUUCUUUCCUUUUCCUUUCUUUCCUUUCAUUCCUGGUCUCUGCGUGCAUCUUCCUCGCGUCGCCCCAGCGCCGUAGUCAACCAGCCGACUGGGUUGACCACCGUUUUUCUCCCGGAGGCUCCUGGGUCGACCUCUUCUGCGCUCAAUCGCUGCUCCGCACCACCGGCGGCAGACGGCAUCUCCCCAGCAGUCCAGUGGAUCUGGACGGCGGGUCUGGACCCCCUUGUCCGACCGACCCAAUCUCUUCAGCUGGCGGUCGUUCCACUCCUGGUAAGCGUCACCAGGGGGACUGGUAGCCCGGCGACCCCCCAAGUCAGGUUGCACAUUCUCUCAGGCGGCCAGGCUGUUUGCAGCCGUGAUUCCUCCACCGGACGGCAUCCUCUAGGCCGCCUUCCCUAACGGCUGGCUUCACUUAGAGUUUUGAGCUGGUCGUGGCAUCCCGUGCUAGUCGGUAGCUCCCUAGGGCGGCAGCACGCUAAUUGUCGUCUAAUGCCUAGCAAAUGGCUAUUGGCCUCCACCCAAGUCGGACAUCCACUCCAUAGGGUUGGCGGCAGGCCGGAACUCAGCUGCCCUUCGUUGCGCGGCAGAUGUGGCAGCCUCCCAUUGAUGGCGACUGUCUUCCUGCUGCCCGGAUGAGCCCCUCAUCAUGCUCGACACUUCGUAUUUUCAUCUAUUCUUGUAACUCUUUUUUUUAUGUGUGCAGGCGUGCUCCUUUCAGUUUGAUCAUGCAAGACGGUGGACGCUCUCCCCAUGAAAACAAUGGUCAUGUGGAUUUGGGAUUGUCGGCUAGCAUUGAAGCAGAGCAUGGGGCGGCCGCGAGACCCAUGUGGGUCAGCCACGACCCUCGACCACGUAUGCAUGCGGGUGUUACUACUGGGUGGCAAGCUAACGUUCUCCCUGAGUUGGCUCCAUCCAGGCGGAUUGUUACUUCUGAGGGACGACCUCUCAAUGUUCCAGACAGAGCGCGCAUCCAACCUGUGAAUGUACCAGACUCUGAUGAUGAUUCUGAUACUCGGGUGGACUUGGAUUCCUGGUGGGACCUUGAUAGCGGCGGAAUACUCGGCCUCCCUUCUCGCGUCACAGAAGAGGACCUCACCAUAACAUAUAGGUCCAUAUCCGCUCUCUGGAGUUAUGGAUGGCCGUGCCACUGCAUCCCUUCCUAGUUCGGCUUCUUCACUUCCUGGGUGUAGGCGUGUAGCACCGGGUCAAUUAGCUCCGGCGGCUCACAUGUUUGGUGCAACUUUUUUGGCGCGAUGUGAGGGUGUGGGCCUCGCUCCCACGUUUGGUUUGUUUUUUAGCUGCUUCCAGUGGUGUGCUUCUAGCUUUUUCACCUCAGUCUCCCAGAGGCCGAUGAGCAAACUGUUUCGGUCGGGUUACCCCACUUCAGGAAAGGGGUGGAAGAAGAGAUGGAUCUGGGUGUCCGACCCCAACCUCCCGUCACCUCCGUUUCAGUGGGGUUAGCGGGUUCGGAAGUGUGACUGUGUCGCCCUCUCCCCUGAUCUCAAAUCCUCCAUUGAGAAAAUGUCCACAGGCGGCCCCCCUCCACCAGCUCAUAUUUAGGUGAUUGUCACAUCUUUGGUCCGCGUUUGGCCACACUGUAUUUAUUUUCCUUAUCCUCAUAUUUUUCUUUUACAGAUGUGCCUGAGAAGCCCGAUGUUGAGGCCGAAUCCGAUGAGGAGGUGCCUCAACAAGUCAUCUCCCCUGCAGCUCCUACGGCCGCGGAGGGGAAAGAGCACGGAGCCCCCCCAGACCGUGCGGCGCAGAUCCCAGGAAGGGUGAGGGUUACCUUUUGGCCUCGGCCAGCUGUGUCAGUGCAAGAGAAGCACAAGGGGGGACUCGUCGACCUGCUAGUCGAAUUGGACGGAUCUGACGAGGAGGAGCCUUGUCCAGCCGUCGCUCUUGUGGCCCCUCAGGCAGUUGCGGGGAAAGAGCACAGAGCCCCCUCCCCGGGACGAGAGGAACAAGUCUCGAAGAAGGUGAAGGUCACCCCAGAGUUUCAGUCCGUUGAGUAGGUACAUGAGGGUGUCGAUGAGAGGAUGGCCGAGCGGAUCAGCCAUGACACCUAACAUACAGUUACUUAUGCCUUCCCAUCUUCGAGCACCUCGAUCAUGCAUGAAGGCUUCCUGGUCGUGGAUUACGCUUCAUCGAUCCUCCCACCGGGCGACCUUGCUUGUACGACUUCCCAGGAGUUUCAUCCCCUCAUGGAAGGUUCUAUCCGGUCACCUAUUGAGGUAGGCUGAUCACGUCUUAGCAUAGACUGUGUUUAUCCCUGAGUCCCCUCACAUUUUCGUUUGUCUAGUUCGCAGGGGCUCACCAAGACCAUCAAGGGACUCCACACAGCCAAUCAUUCUCGGGCCAGGCUCCAGUGUGAGGCUGACAAAGCUAGGGCUGCCUUGUGGGCCAGCCAGAAAGCCUUCUCUGAGCUGCAGUCUUCACGUGCGCAUGAAUGUGAAGAAGCGGCCAAACAAGGAGCCAAGAAAGCGCUCUCCGAGUUCCAGGCCUUCGAGCAGUUCCAGAAGAUCAUCUCUGUGAGGGUACAAGCGGAGCAGUCCAACCUAGUGCAGCGGUGGCUGGCAACCCCCGACGGAGAGUAUUGGCGCGCUCGCGAAAUCCUCUAUGCAUUCCAGAGUUCCAAAUAUUUGAUGCAGCAAAAGUUGUACGGCCGGUUGUAGGAUCUUGGCCCUGCCUUUUAUCCUUCCACACUGGGCCUUCCUGAUCGCAUGAAGAAACCCGCAGAGGCGAUAGCCGUUCUUCCCCCAGAGGCCGUCCGCCGGGAGGAGGAGUUUGGUGGUUCGAACGAGUGGGGCUGGUUCUUUCCGCCAGCUCCGGGGAACAUGACUCUCGUGGCCUCCGGUCGGGACUUUGUUGGUGUGUUAGAUGAUAUUGGGAGAUUAAUGGUGAUGGGCCUGUCCAGCCAUGACCUUGUAUUUUGUAUUUCCUUUGUUUUUCACUUGAAUACUCUGUGUUUCAAAUGGAUGUUUGAUUUUUAAUUGAUAUGUCUAUUCUUCUAUACUUUGCAUUACGAAUACUUUAGCAAUUUGUUCGGGGAUCUGGCUUCUCUAACCUCCCAGGGGGCGGUUAGGCUGGCGUGGCCGAGCCCAUCCGUGCCCCUUCUGGUCGGAUAGAAGUGAUCUGUUCGUUAUUGAUAUGGAAUCAACAAGUAUGCGACUUGUUCGGCCAGUGAGGUCGGACAUUGAACCUGCGAGGAGGACCCUUAGGUCGG